AGGAAAUAUAAUUAGAGCAAACAAUUCAUGCAGUUAGUCGCCUGCAGAACGGAAAGAAACAUAAACAACUUUCGCUUUCUUUUGGUAGGUUUUCUAAAGAAAAUGGGCUACAACGACAAUUUUCCGCAAAUGGCACGUGAUGGGGGCUUCAAGUUGCGCCAGUAUCGCGACGGCCCACUCGACUGGCGCUUGAUGGGCUCUUACGAAACAGAACGCAUUUUGCGUGACCAAAACAUCGAACUGGUGGACAGUGCACUGCAUCAUUUAUCGGAGGCUCCAUUGGGCACUGUUUUGGAGUCAAACAUUCUGGAUAGCGGCAUAGCAAAGUAUUUUGUUAUGUCUCAGUAUGCGAUACAGUAUUUGCUAUAUUGCCGCACAUUUCUGGACGAGAGUGUGAGCGAGCUGAGUGAGGCGAACGCUACAGCUCAGGCGGAAGUCGCCAGACUUCGCAAGUCUCUGGCGGAGUCCAAUAAUGAGAUAUUACAUUUGCACAAAAAGAUCACGCAAAUCGAGGCUAUACGCGAAGUGGUUUAUCCUUGUCACUUGUGCACCAAGAAUUUCAUAAGCAAUGAGGCGCUGAACAUACAUAUUGGUCGCAAACACGGAGGCGCUCGUACACGCACAGAAACGCCCACGACAAUAGUAAAUGGUGGAGCCAUUGGCAAAGACAAGGACAAUGACAUUCAGUUGAUCAACACUAUUAAAAUGGAACUUGAGAUCAAGCAGCUCAAGGAGCGUCUAAACGCUGCAGAGCGUAACAUUAAAGAGCGAAGCAGCGGGGGCACAACUUCCAAGAAGCACAGCCCUCGUGAGGAAUCCAGCAAAGCCGCCGUGCGUACUGUAGGCAUACAAAGUAAUCUAGAAGAGUGCAAGGAAAAGGAUGAGCUGAGCAGCGAGGCGCUGGACAGUGAAGCCAGCGAACGCAAGGAACAGCUUCAUGGCUUAGCAGAACGCAUCAGCAGCUUUGAGUCUUGGCAGACACAACUGAAGCAGAGCAAUGAACAGUUCAUAUUGGAUAUCAAUCAGAAACUCGAAGGUCUAGCCAAAGCACUCGAACAAACGAAACAACGCACCGAGACAAAGCCAACAUCGGCCCCCACAUCCACCACAACAAUGACAUCAGAGGACCGUGUAGCAACACCAUGUCUGGAGGACUUGGAGCGAAUACUUACGGAAAAGGUGACCGAAAUUGGAAGAAUAAGCGCCAAUAAACUGGAGGAGGUUGUUUACCAUCUAGAAAUGGGUUACAAGGACAAGCUAGAAGCACUGGAGCGAGAGCUCAAACGGCUGAGUGCCCGCAAAGAUCCCCCCGUACUGCAAACACACACAUCCAUAUCUAAAAUACCCAAGCCAUUACCCACAACAAAACCCAAAGAGCAAGAAACGAGCAUGGAGCGGAUCAAGCGCGAAGUAGAGAAUGAAUUUUUAAAAGCUAAGGCAGACGAUGACACCUUCUCAAUAGAGGAGCCUAACCCAACGGACCCCCAAGCAAAUCUGCCCAUUAAAGAGUUCACUCAAGUACAGGAAAUACAAAGCGGCAGCUCUGGUAGCCAACACACCUACACCAAGUCACCUGCUAAAUUGGCCACAACACCGACCAAGCUGGAACUAAGUAAACCCAAAACAACUGCGAUUCCAGUAGAAGCACCGGAAGCAACAGACAUCAGUGAAAGUCUCAGUGAAGAGGAAACCGACAGUGAACGGAACAGCAAGCUGUUUACGUCGAAGCCAGAACGCGAAGUAUUGAAACCAAAAAUAAGAUCAUCGCCAAGAGUCAAAAGCCCACAGAAACCUAAGCAACCAUUUACACGCAAGGAUGCGCGCAGGCUGGUCAAUCGGAAACUCAAUCCGCACGGCUUUGACAUGAAAUCGAAAACUAUUUCCCACAUUUCCAUGAAACGCGUCAAUGCUGAGCUAGCAGAGCACCGAAACAAACUGAAAUUGCAACAUCCACACUUCUAUGCGACGCGCAAUCGUAUACGCAAAUUUGUGGAGAAACUUUGCUCCGUAAAGUUGCCGCAGAGCGCCGAAAUGUUGCUGAAACACAAAACACCACUUCAGCCUAUUGAAGCACCCAAGCGUACCCAACUCGUGUCUUCUGUAACGGACGAUGAUGAAGAAGCUGAAGAGUCAGAGGCACAUGACGAGGCAACCAGCGACCAGUCAGUCAAUUCAAGCUCAGAGCAACGGCCAAGUCGUGAUUUCAAAGCCCAUUUGGAGAAGAUUCUAGUGAAGUCUUCAGGCCGGGCUACCUCCGCCUCGUCAAAACCUCUGACGAUGGUGCAGAUGCAACAGGAAAGCUCAAGACCUGUGCCACUGCCCCGAAAACGUGUAAUGUUUAGUGCGUUCGGCAAUGGCAAAACCAUGGAUGAAAGUGAUGGGGAUUUCAAAUAAUUGUACAAAUAUACAUAUGUAUGUACAUAAAUAAAAUUUCUUUUGCUAA